AUGAAUCAAGAAACGUACGUCGCAAUUCACGGUGCGUCCCCGCGCUUGACGCAAGAGGCCCUCCAUUCGCUCUGCCUGGAGAUGCGGGAAGCUGGAUGGCCAACUGAUCAUAUUAUCACCCCACACGAGUCUGGUAUGCGAGAUAGUGACGCUGCUCGCAUCGUAGACGACGUCAAAGAGGGGCAUGACGCAGUUGCAGGCGCCUUCUGCGAGCCCCUUGAACCAGGUCAUCGAGAGUGCAACCUCCACCCAUCUCACAUUUCUGAUGACACUACGGAUUUUCAGUACGAUGGCUCCGAUUACGCCCCUCUGGGCAAGAUACCUGAUUCGACGACACGCUGGAGCUGGCCCAGGCCGAUAAACAGACGUCAAAAGUCAUCCGAUUGUGAGUCGGAGCCGGCCAGCAAUAGACAUCAGGCAUGGGGGAAGCAUCGAGAAUGGGUACGCGGCCGGCUCAACCAUGAUGGACAAUUACAUCAAGCCGUGCAGAGAGCCCAGGAAAAGGACAGGCGCUUGGGACUUGGCCAUCCCGCGUACGGGACAAUGGACGUAGACGCAGUCUCUGGCGCACCGAGCUGGGCCAUCAUGAGCAAUGCACCGUCAAAAGAAUACGGGUCCAAAGAAACUGUGGUGCCCGUAGUGCCGAGCUGCCUCCCGGAGCAGCACCAGCACGUCCACGACGCGAAAAUACUCGCGCAGUACAUGGCCGCCUCGGCCUACACGAUAUCCUUGGCCGGGCCGCCUCUUCCCGAUAUGCAGUACGGCAUCAUCAUUGUGCCCUACGGCGAAGAGGAGAUGUUCUUCAAGCAGCCGGAAGAACCGUCUUUCAAGAAGCCCAGCGCUGCCCACGUCCGCCAGCCAUCGUUGCACCCAUGCAGCGACACGUCCAUGGGAAGCACCGCCUUUCGGUUUUUCAACCGACAGCGGCUUCGGGAGAUGUGGGAAGAGGACCGAUGGAAGGCCCAGCUCCGCGAACAAAGAAGAGGCCUCAGGGUUGAGGAUCUCCUGGCCCCGCCGGAUCCCUGGGACGACUUGUUUACGGACUGCGCGGGCCCGGAACUGCAGCCGUGGACGUCGCAAGAACCAGACGUUUGCUUGCACUGGGACACGGAUGCACCGACCAAUGCGUGCGGAACCACGGACUCCAGCUCGCUGCUGAAGUAG